AACAUAUUGAAAACGAAAAUGGCGAUUUUGUCGAGUUCGAGUGCAGUUCGUCUUCAGUUGUUUCCUAGGGCGUUCCGCGGAAAGACCCCAUAGUGCGUACAAUCAUCCCCUAUAAAGCAAGCAGUGUGGAAAUAUUCUCGAAAACGAGCUCCUAAAAUAUUCCAAUUCGAUGGAAGAAAAAGAAAACAAAGCCGAUCCGACAAAGCAUCUCCAAGAUGACGUCGCCUCCGAAGAUCUACGACCAGCGGCGACGGGUUGCGCGUGCGCGGCAGAACCGAAUGCCACCGAAGCGGUGCCGAAGAAGCGGAAAACUCGACGCGGGAAGUCCAAACGCCGACACCCCUACUUGAAGCAGCACAGAAAAGCCGCUGGGAAACUGAAAUUGGUGAAGCCCGAGGCGCCGCACAACAGCAACCAAUUCCUGCUCGAAGAUCACGAGCUGAUCGAGGAGUUGGACAGGAACUUCAUGUCGCCGUCGACGUUGCGAACUAGAGACUCUAGCUUCAGUGUGGAUUCCGAAGGGGACUUUUAUUCAUCGCCCGACGACGAACAAAAGUUUUUGAUCAAGGACUUCGACGAUCAGUACGAGUCGCUUCAAGCUGAACGGCUGCAGAGUUUGUCGAAAGUGGAGCUGAUACAAGAGUAUAUUGCGCUGGAAAAUAAAUUAGAGCAGUUAACGAAACAAACCACGAAACUAGAAGAAGACUCAUCCGAGGAUUCCUGCCCUGAUCUCAAGCAGGAGGUGGAAAGGUUAACCAUCGAAAACGAGCGCCUGCGAAGGGAAAACGACUUGUUGAGAAGUAAAGUGAAUGAAUCGGACUCUGAGGAUUCAGAAACGGACUCGAGUGACUCGUGUAGCAGUUCAUCAUCGAGCAGUGACAGUAGUUCUUCGAAAGAUUCGAAUCGAUCUAGAAGCCCUAUUAAUAAUGGUGAUUACAGCAGUGGCAAAAUGAACGGGGUGGUAUCUAAAAGUGAAGCGGUUUUAUAAUUUUUUAGUUGUUUCGUUUUGAUGCAUUUCGUUUACACGUAUUAUUUGGAUGAUUGUUUAAUUCUCAACUGAAUAAUGUUUGCGUUUUUCUAGUUUUGAAUUUAAAAUUAUUUAUUUUUUAGUAUUAGUUUCCUAAAAUCGUUUUUACUUACUCUCAUUCCUGAUUACUUUUCGCUUAUUCUAUUCGCUAAUUAUGCAACUUAACUUGGAAUUUGUUUAAAUUUAUGUAUUACAGAUUAUUAAAUUUCCUAAAAGAGGAUUCAAUGCAAUUAAAGGGACUAAAGUGAUCUAGUCAUUUCAAAUAAGUUUUGAUACAUCAUUACAAUUGCUCGAGAGGAACAAAUAUAAUCUGUAUUUAAAUAAGUUGUAAAGUUAAGUGUUGUACAAAAGUUUAUGAAUUAAUUUUAAAAAUUAUUCGCAGUUGCUGUUUACUCUUAUUUGAAUCAAAUUAAAUAGAUAAAUUAUGUUCGUUUAUUAUGUAAGUAUUUGUAAUCUUUCCUACCCGUAAAAAUUCCAGGUUUUUCUAAAAUUUCUGGUACAUUUUACAUAAUAAAUGAACGAUGCCAUUUUUUUAGGUUUUUUUCAAAUCAAUUAUGACCUUGACGAAAAUGCGUGAUAUUUCGAAAAUCAUCUAGCAUUGUAUGGGCUUAAUAUAACGAUACGUUGCCUACCAAUUACAAUGUAGUUAUUAAUUAUAUUUUUUGUUGAUAACAUGUUUACUGCACUUUCCUCUAUUUUUUUGUAUCUAUUGUUUUAAAAUAAAAUAACUUUUGUAGAUGCGAGAUUUAAAAAAAAUGUUGUAAGUUUGAUUAAAUUAUAG